GGAUGUGACGUCACUGCGCAGAGACAGCUGGUGUGACGAGUCUUCCAGCUGCCCCCGAAGCCUUAGCCACAUAUUGAUGCACGUAGAGUUGGACGUGGUUUUGUUCUAAUAACGGUAGAACCAUGAUGCUCGGGGAGAGAACGCCGCUGCUGUGGGUGUUCGUGCAGGCUGCGAUCGUCGUGGCGUCGUGUUUCACCGACAUAGAAACGGGGCCUAGCGCAGGUGUAUCCACACUGCCGAACGGAGACCGGUUUAAAAUCGAGGGCAGAGCCAUUGUCCCGGGCGUGAAGACACAGGACUGGGUGUCCUCGGCCAGAGUGUUGGUAGAAGGUGAAGAAUAUGUGGGAUUUAUGAGAACUGAUGGCAGUUUCACUGUGAAUGACAUCCCCUCAGGAUCAUACGUCGUGGAAAUCGUCACACCAGCCUAUAAAUUUGAACCCGUGCGCGUCGAUAUCACAUCCAAGGGUAAAAUGAGGGCACGUGUUGUGAACUACAUCAAGACUUCAGAAGUGAUUCGCCUGCCGUAUCCAUUACAAGUCAGGGCUAGUGGCGCACACGUCUACUUCAUGAAGAGGGAAACCUGGGGCUGGACAGACUUCCUCAUGAACCCAAUGGUUAUGAUGAUGGUUCUGCCCCUUCUUAUCAUUGUGCUGCUGCCCAAAGUGGUCAACACCAAUGACCCAGAGAUGAGAAAGGAAAUGGAGCAGUCCAUGAACAUGCUGAACCCCAACCCUGAGCUUCCAGAUGUGUCUGAGCUCAUGACCAAGCUCUUCUCUGGGUCCAAGGGCUCCAGCAAGGCGGGCAGCAGCAGCAGCAAGGGCACCAGGCCAGCUGUCAAGAGGAGGUAGUACCGUGCUGAGUCCCCCCAGUCUGACGAAAGAGGAAGGAUUCGUGGCGUGGAAUCAGUUUUAGGUGUCAUUGUUCCUCUAGGUCUGUCGCACAGUUUCUUUAUUAACAGAUGUUUUAACACAUCUUAACUUUGAAAGACUUUGAGAAACUGAGCAAAGGUCCGAUUAUGUUUUUUUUCAUGCACUGAAAUUUCUUGAAAACUCUUAGUCUCCAUUUGCUCUGUAGUCUCUAUGUGACUCUGCUACUCUUCCUUUGCUAACCUUCUGAUGUGCGUUUUCCACUGCUGCUAAUUCCUCUACCUGAAAGAGAACUUAUAUACAUAUUCAGAGAUUCUCUUCUUACUUCGAUUUCAGUAAAACGACUGUGAAUGAAGAUGAAUUGAAUUUUAAGAUUGAAAAAUUCUUAUUUAAUAACCUAGAAAAAAAUAUGUCAAUGGUUCUAUAAUAACUGUUUUUAUUUCAGAUCAUCCGAUUUGUCUGAAAGUAAGCACAUGGCCUGUUAUUUUAUUGAAUUAUUAUAUUUCCAACAUUCAUUCUGUAUAUUUGUGCCUCAUGGGUAGAAAUUAGGAUGAUGAUUGGUUAAAAUUCACAGAAUGAUAGAACUGUGUGUUUGCUUUUAAGAUGUCUACUGGCUUUACUUUAAUAAAGCAGACAGUAAAGUCU